ACACUUAAAGAACAAACAAGAUUUUUCUUUUUCACCUAAAAAGGGAAAAAGGUGGAAAUGACUGUACCAACAGCUUCUGAGAACAGAAUAGCAUCUGCAGAGUCAGAACCGUCCUAAUGACUAGAAGACAGCCUGACCAGAAACUCUGGAUGCAAGUCCUGCAGGCCUGGACAAACUGUGCGGAUUUGGCAGCCACUGCCCCAGCGAUGCCUUGCAACCCAAGGAGGAUGCAUUGGUAGUGAAGGAAUGAGGGCAUGAAGCGAGCAGGGAGCAGGGGUGCCUCCUUCUGCAACAGCCAUGUUACACCAAGCCUGGCAGCUCUAUGGGAGGUGGUGCCGUUGGUCCAGUCCUUUUGUCCAUCUCCUGACGCUGACUGUGGUGACAUUCGGUGUGCUUGCACCUUUGGUUUGCCACCGGCUCCUCCACUCUUACUUCUAUUUGCGGCGCUGGCACCUGAACCCCAUGAGCCAGGAGUUCCUGGAGCAGAACCAGCAGGAGGGCCAGGCUGCCCUCCAUUACUUUGAGAAGCUGCAGAUACCAAACGCCUCCGAGGCUUCUGGCAGUGACACCUUUCAGCCGUUGCUGCUGGUCACCAUUAUCACUGUGCAGAGGCGGAAUGAUUUCCAUUAUGUCUUGCAAGUGGCCUCCCACUUCCACCGCCUCCUCCAGAAGUGCGGUGCACAUUGCCGGAGCCACCGCAUCCUCCUCUGUAACGUGGAGUCAGACCCCAGUAGCCAUCAGGAUGUCAGGCUGCUGAGCAGCUUCUUUCCUAUGGUCAGUCGUGACAAAGCCAGGGAGAACCCCGACCCAAGAGUGAACCAGUUUGAGAAAGAGAAGCAGGACUAUGUCUUCUGCCUUGAGCAGUCGCUGUUGAUGUACAACCCAGAAUACGUCCUCAUAGUGGAAGAUGAUGCCGUGCCAGAGGAGGAGAUAUUUGCUGUCUUGCAACACUUCUUCUUGGCCCGGUUCUCCAAACCAUACCUCAAAGACGCACUCUACUUCAAGCUCUACCAUCCCGAGAGGCUUCAGCGCUACUUCAACCCCGAGCCCAUGAGAAUCCUGGAGUGGCUGGGCCUGGGCAUGUUUCUGGGGCCCGUGCUGAACUGCGUGUACUCCUGGGCAACUGGGCGCCCCAGCCUCAACUGGCCCAUUGUCUUGUUCUUUGCAUUGUACAGUAUGGCUUUGUCAGAGCUGGUGGGGCGGCAUUAUGUGCUGGAGCUGCGCCGGCUGGCCCCCACUUUGUAUAAUAUCGUGCCGGUCACUGAGUGCUGCACGCCUGCCAUGCUCUUCUCCGCUCCCUCUGCCCGCCGUGCCUUAGGUUACCUGAAGGGGCUGCACUGCCGCCAGGGCUUUGCUAAGGAUAUUGCCCUCUACUCGCUGCUGCGUACCAAGGGGGAGAAUGCCUACGUGGUGGAACCCAACCUGGUCCGGCAUGUGGGGAUGUAUUCCAGCCUUCGGCUGAACGACAACCCAAAACUGCUGUGAUCUGUUCAUGCCUUCCCAGACACACAGUGCAGAGAACUUGCCACUGGGCAGAGAGACAGGGUGCAAACUCAGAUGUUGUGCUGCUCGCACUGGGCAUCCUGUGUCUCCAGGUGGACAAAGAAUAACUCUCUUUUAAAAAAAAAAAAGUUUCUUAAAAAAUAAACUUACGUACAUGCAGACCCUAUUUAAUAAAUCCUUGGAACAAAUCAGGAUGCACCAUGUGGGAGGGGAGUGGAGGAUUCCAGCUGAGGGUGUGGGUUGUCUGCUCUCCUUAAUCAUUCUUAGGGAAAAGCGCUCACACCAAUACAAACAGCUGUACUGCCUACUCUCCUUUACACUGAAAUCCUCACCUUAGGGCAACAGAAAUGCUGGACAAAGUGAACGUUGCAAAUUUAAGCUAGUGAGGAAGAAAAAGCCCUUAUUUUCCCAUCCUUACUGAGGUCUGAUCUCUGACCUCUGUUUCAAAGCUGUGGUUUUGAGCAGACCUUUCAAAACCAGCAGUGGUUUAUGUGAACUUUCCCACAAAUUUUGCCUUUUAUGAAGGCUCUAUUUGUUACUGUCUCCCCAUACAGAUCCUAUCUGCACCUCCACCCUUCCCAUUCCUUCUUCUUGGAUCAGAGAAAACAAAGCCUCCGCUGCUUCAUUAAAGGUCACCUCUGAAGCUAGGAAUAGGAAGACAGAAUCUAACAGCCAUUGGUGUUACACAGCCAGGUCACAAAUGCACGCUUUCACUGAUACAUUACAGACAUUAUAAACAAUACGGGAGGAGUACUGUGUUGGUUGGUAUCAUCACCAGCUGUAGUGGAUCCAGGUCAUUAAAAGAAGCCUUAUCAGUUGCUGAUUGGAGUUAGACGUUCAACAUGAAUUUACCUUGACUUCCUAUCAGUGCAGAGGCAAAGAUGAGAUCAGGUUCCACUAUCGUGCAGGAUCCUUGUUUCAUUUUGUAGCUGUAAUUCACAGCUCAGCCUAAGUGGUUCAUUCACUGGUCCUGGAAGCAAGCAAAACACCCAUAGGAAACACAGCUAGCUGUUCAUAAAAGCAAGCAACAAUAGCACAACACAUAAGGGGCCACUCUGACACUGACCCGUUAACUUCAUCAGCUCUGGUUGUUAGGCAUUUGGGAUUGGUACUUUGUACCACAGCUGUGGGCACAAUUAAAUAUAAAACCAUGCAGAUGACAGAGAUCUCAUACAGAAUCAAAACUGGCACCAAAAUGUUUAUGUCUAAAGAAAAGCCCACCUUGACUUUAGUGGGUUUUGAUCAAAUGCAUUUAUAUGUGGAGUUUGGUUGAACUGGUUUUGAAACCAUCUUGCUAGCUUUGGAGUGAUCCAAGUACAAUAUUUUUGUUGAGUUUUGGUCAUUGGGAGUUGUUUGGUUUUUUGUUUUUGGUGAAGGAAGAGCUCUACUUUGAAUCUUCUUUUCCCCAGUCUCUCCCACGUGAUUUAUGCCUUAAGCUCUAAACAAGUCUGGUUGUAGAUAUGAAAGACAUAAAAUUCUUGAGAGAUUAAACCAAAGAAAGUUGCAAACCUCCAGCUGUCAGUGCACAAUGGGUGUUGACACACAACACAAAUGCAUCAUGCAAGUUAGCUGAGAAAUGGCAUCACAGCACGGAGCAGUGCUUUGCUCUCCUAGUAAUCAGCUGGGAUACUUCUAUAACACCUUUGGAAAUCAGAUGUGAAUAAAAACUGCUUGUGGAUUCCAUGCCAUUCCAACAGCAAAGCAUCUCUCCUGUCAAGAGCACACACGAAAAAUUGCACAGGCAGAACCACGAUUUAUCCCCAGCUGCUGAAGAACCCAAAGAUACCCGAGUGGUUGCACAGUGGUAGGGGGACAAACCUAUUCUCAGGCUUUACUAUAGUAUGGUUAAGAUGGCCGGAUUUGAGUGUCAUUUAUUCCGCUAAGUGCCUGCACAUGUGAGGAAAUACAG